AAGCGCGGCUUCUGCUUUAACAUUUCUGAUUUUAUACUGAUUUUUCAACAAUCCUCUCACACCAAAUUGCAGCGCCAAGAUGUCCGUCACACUGGUGCAUUGCGGCGCAGUGCCGAGGAGGAAAUGCUGAAACGUGCCCGUGCUGGAAUCGAGGAAGGGGACUCUGAAUUCAGCGUUCAGAAAAUGAUUUACUUAUUUUCAAAUAGCUUUGUCUGGAACAAGUACAACCAGACUCACUACGAUCUGGACAAUCCGCCGCCCAAGAUUGUUCAGGGCUACAAAUUCAACAUAUUUUAUCCCGACUUGAUAGAUAAAACCAAGGCGCCCACAUACACUCUUACGCCCUGUAAAGAUGAACCGGACUUUGCUGUCCUGCGCUUUGUUGCUGGGCCACCCUACGAGGAUAUUGCCUUCAAGAUUGUCAACCGCGAGUGGGAGUACUCCUAUAAGCACGGAUUCCGCUGCCAAUUUCACAAUACCAUCUUCCAGUUGUGGUUUCACUUUAAACGGUUCCGUUAUCGCAGAUGA